AUGGCGGCAGCAGACGGCGAGAACGAGGAGGUGAUGUGCGAUGAUAUCGGCAGCGAUUUGGGCGCGAGCGAGGGCGAAGAGGAGGAGGAGGAGGUGGACGAGGCGGGCGAGGAGGAGGGCGAGCGCGACGAGGAGGUGGACUUGGAAGACGGCAGCGACGCGGAGGGAGACGCGGCGACAGCGGGAAGCAACAAGGGUUCCCCGCUCUCGGAUCGCGAGGGGCCGUGGACGGACGACGAGGUGCAGGCGCUGGUGGACCACCUCGUGCUGCUGGAGGAACAGGCGGCGGAGGCGCAGGAAUCGCUGGAGGAGGAGUCUAUGGAAUCCGUGCGCAGCAACGUUGCGGAAGAGAUCCGCUCCGCGCGCCCGGACUGCUCCCCGGACCAGGUAGCAGUGCUGGUGGACGAGGAGAUGGCAACGCUGCAGGAGAUGUGGGAGAGGGAGCUGAACGCGCUGUUGGAUAAGAUCUCCGAGGCCCAGGAGUGUCUCGAUACUGUUCCAGGCAUAGACCUGCCAGCCGUCUACGCCUUCAUUGAAAAGCACACGUCAAAAGCAGCACGCACAGCGGCUUGGAAGGAGCGCUCGCACUGGAUCACCGACCCUAAGCGCGACGCUGCCAAGGCUGAGGCUCGGCGGCAAAGGGAGGCUUGGAGGAGGGCCGAGGCUCGGGCGGCGGAGCGGAAACGGAGCAAGCGGGCGGCCAAGAGGAAGCGGGGAGAAGGGGAGGAGGAGGGAGAUGAGAGUGAGGAAGAGAGUGAGGAGGGAGAGGAGGACGAUGAGGAUGAGGAGGAUGAAGAUGACUGGGUGCGGGCAGCUGAGAAAGUUUUGGCGCACGCACGGCCUAUUGCAGAGACGAGUACGGGGCUGGCGCCGGUUGGAGCGAGUGGGUACCUGGAGCAGCUGCUGCGCGAUUGCGAGGAGGCAAUGGUGGGCGAGGCGACCAAGGCUGCUGUGGAUGCCAUACAAGCAGAUGCAGCAACAGCGCCUGACGCAGCAACAGCGCCUGACGCAGCAGCAGCAGCAGCAGCAGCAGCAGGAGCAGCAGGACCUGAUGGGGAGAGUAAGGGAGACGGUGCAGUUGGGGGUUGGAGUGAACAGGAGAACGGGACAGACGCGGCACCGGCAGGAGCAGGAGGUCAGCGUGCAAACGCAUUACGAGCAGCAGCAACAGCAUCUAUGCUCAAGACUUGGACCGUUUACGAUUCAGCUGUUUCCAAAGCUGUCACUGCUGCCACCGCUUCUGCAGCCGCAGCGGCAGCAGCAGCUGCAGGAAAGGGACGAAAAUCCAGCAAAGCGGCGGCUGCAGCUGCUGCGGCAGCGGCGGCGGCAGCAGCAGCAGUUGCGGCGCGGCCUGAGUUUGAAUUGCUGAGAUUGUACAAUCUGGACUCCCCCUGUCAGGCAGCAGCGUUGGACUUGAAUGCAAAAGUGGAGGAGAUUGCAGAACCUAAGAUGAAUGAGGUGAAGGAGGCUGCAGCGGUGGUGGAGGAAGCAAAGAAUGGGCUCACGUCACAGCAGAUGGCCAGCAUGGUCAAGAUAAGAGAUGGGGACGAUGAGAAGAAGAUGAAGCAAGCAAGGAGGAGGGUCAGGGAGAGGGUGAAGCGGCAGCAGCAGAAGCAGAAGCAGCAGGAACAGGAGAUGGCAAAAGAGAGGGGCAGUGAUGGGAAGCAGGGAACGGCAGGGAAACCGGCCCAAGGGACGGGUAAAGCUGCUGGGGAGAGCAAGGCAGGGAGGGAGAAGGAGGAGGAGAGAGAGGGCAAGCGACCACGAGUUGUGCUGGUGGUUUCUACUGACAGCAGCGGUAGCAGCGACAGUGAGGGCGUGGAGAUGAUCCGUACUAGCAGCAGCAGUGGAAUGGAGGUGGAGGGGGAGGAGUUGGAGGAGGGGGAGGUGCGGGAGGAUCAGGUGGUGUUGGGAUCCGAUAGCCAAGAGUCAGACGAUGUGAUAGUAGUGGGGGAGACGCGUGGGAAGUCGGAUAGGGAGGUAGAGAAGGGCGCAGUGAGGGGACCAGGCGUUGUGGGCAGAGCGGGACGGAAGGAAGGAGCGAAGGAAGAGGAGGAAGAGGAGGAGUGUUUGGUACGAUGCACCGUAUGCGGGCAAGAGACACCGGCUAAGAGGGCCCGAGUGCAUAGCACCCUCUCGGUCCCCCUCUGCCGAACCUGCCACGUGCCACGCAUCAAUGUGACCUUUUCUGUGGACAAAUCGGACGGUACAGAGCAGCAGUGCCACUGGUGCGGGCUGGGAGGCCACUUGUUGCUCUGUGACACGCCCAAGUGCCGCUUCACAUUCUGCCGCACCUGCGUGUUAAGGAACUUUGGGGCGGCAGAGUAUAGAAGGAUAGAGAGCUCUGAUCCAGAAGGGGGGAAUCCCUGGAAGUGCUUCUGCUGUGAUGCUGGUCCGCUGGCUGGGUUGCAGGCGGAAGGGGCGAAGGUGGUGGCGCGGAGGGGGGUGCGGGCAGCGAGGGGCGUGUGGGGGAAGAAGGAGAAGGAGGGUCAAGGGGAGGGGGAGAAGGGAGCGGGGUUGGAGGGAGUGCGGGAGGAGAAGGCGCGGGGAGAGGGAGGGGAGGGAGGCGAGAGGGAGGCGGAGGGAAGAAAUGCUGAGAGGGCGCUGUCUGAACCUGCUGUGUGUAUUCAUCCGUUCCUCUCAGAGUGCCUCAAAGACCACCAGGUGGAGGGCGUGCGGUUCAUGUGGCAGAACUGCAUUCACAGCAUGGCGCUCGUUCAAAGCGGGGACCCGGGGUUCGGGUGCAUUCUCGCGCACUCCAUGGGGCUGGGGAAGACCCUCCAAGUUAUCACCUUCGUGCACACUGUGCUGAACCAGUUCCACUCGCACGGGCUCCGAACGGUGCUGAUUGUCGCGCCUGUGAACGUGCUGCAUAACUGGAAGGAGGAGUUUCGGCGGUGGAUGCCAGUGGUGGGGAGCGGUGCUGCUGCAAAAGGGGCAGGAGGAGUGGGAGGAGCGGGUAAGGGAGGAGGCAAUGGAGUGGGAGGGGGGAGGGGAGGGCCAGCGACGUGGUCAGGGCCCAAGAGCGGGCAGGAGGAGCAGAGGGAGGAGGUGGAUAUACCAGUGUAUCUGCUUGACGAUGCUGGAAGGGCGAACGCGGAGAGAGCGAGGCAGCUGAGGAGGUGGAAGGAGGGAGGGGGCGUGAUGCUGAUCGGGUACCAGGCGUUUCGCAUGCUGUGCCUGGGCACUCACGUGCAGAAGGAGACGCUGCGACACACCUUCAGAACGUGCCUGCAGGACCCAGGGCCAGACCUGCUGGUGUGUGACGAGGCGCACACGAUCAAGAACGACAAGGCGGACACGACGGUUGCUCUCAAGUGCGUGCGCACCAAGCGCCGCAUUGCUCUCACUGGCUCGCCCCUGCAGAACAACCUCACUGAGUACUAUUGUAUGGUGGACUUUGUACGCGAGGGCACCCUGGGCACGCCACAUGAGUUCAAAAACAGGUUCGAGAACCCGAUCAUCAACGGCCAGCGCUCCGACUCGGACAAGUCAGACGUGCGGCUCAUGCGCGAGCGCUCCUACGUGCUCGCGAACCUCCUCAAGGGAUUUGUGCAGCGCCGCUCAGCAGAUGUUGUCGCGCAUGAGCUGCCCGACCGAUACGUCUACGUAGUGGCCGUGAGACUCAGCCCGCUGCAGCGCUCGCUGUACCUGCGGUUCCUGGCGUAUCGCAGCUCUGCUGUCGCUGCUGCUGCCGCCGCCGCUGCUGCUGCUGGUGGUGGUGCUGCGACUGCUGGUGCUGCUGCUGCUGCUGCCGCUGCUGCCGCUGCUGCUUCCCCACAGUCAGCCCGCAAGGGUUCUUCCUCCUCUCCACCACCACCCGGCACCUCGUCUCCCAUCUCUCCUCUCCCCCCCCACCCGUCGGCCUCUGUCGCUGCCCCCGGAUCCUCCCCUCCCUCUGCUGCGCCCCGCACCUCCCCCAAGCUUGCUGCCUGCUCUAGUGGCCGGCUCUCGCCUCCCGGAAGAAAAGCAGCCGACUCUGCUGCCGCUGCUUCUGGCAGUGCUGCUGCUGCUGCUCCUGCUACUGCUCCUGCUGGUGCUACUGCUGGUGGUGCUGGUGGGGGUGGGGCGGCGUCGGGGGGAGUGGAAGACAAGAGGAGGACACUCUUUGCGUCCUAUGCGGCACUCGCCAAGGUGUGGACGCACCCCUUCAUCCUCACCAUGCGUCGCCAGGAGGCUGAUGAAACCGAGCCUGAUACUGACGCUCCUGCCGAUGCUGCCUCGCCCCUCGCCCCACCUGCUGCUGCUGCUGCCACUGUGUCGGCUCUUGACAAUUCGUGGUGGCAGGAGGAAGAGGAGGCGAUACGGCAGGGCGGGUUGGGGGUGAGUGGCAAGCUCACAAUCGCUCUGGAUAUUCUCAAGCAGGCAGCAGCAGCGGGUGACAAGGUGCUCUUCUUCAGCCAGUCGCUGCUCACACUCGACCUCCUGGAACUUCUACUGGCCGACAUGCUCGACCCCAGUGGUGCUGCUGGCGGUGUUGGAGCCAAAUGGACGGCAGGCGUGCACUGGUACAGGAUCGACGGGUCGGUGAGUGCAGCGAGGAGGCAGACGAUAGUAAACAGGUUUAAUGAGCCGUGCAGUAACCGGCAGGCGCGGUGUGUGCUGAUCUCGACGCGCGCUGGGUCGGUGGGGAUCAACCUGGUGGCGGCUAACCGCGUGGUGCUGCUGGACGGGUCCUGGAACCCUGCGCAUGAUUUGCAAGCCAUGUUCCGAGUUUGGAGGUACGGGCAGAACAAGAAGGUGUUUGUGUACAGGCUGCUGGCAGCAGGGACCAUGGAGGAGAAGAUCUACAACCGCCAGGUGGUGAAGGAGGGGUUGGCAGCACGAGUGGUGGAUGAGCAGCAGGUGGUGCGGCACUUCACAGACCGUGACCUGGACGGGCUCUACUCCCUUGAUGAUGAACAUGCUUCUCAUGCUCACGCUUCUCAUGCUCCACACCACACCGGUUCGCACGCGGAGAAACACGCAGAGCAGCAGCAGGAGGGUGUGCAACAGCAGAAGAGCGAGAAGGAGGGAGGGUCGGGGAAGCAAGGGCAGAGAGGCGGGAUUGAGGAGGGAAAGGAGGGGGAGAUAGCAGAUGCAAUUAUGCGGAAGAUCCUGGCAGAUCACAAGGACAGGUGGAUUGUCAGGUGGCAUGAGCACGAGCCUCUGCUUCGGGAGGUGGAGCAUCAUCUAUCUAAGGAAGAGCAGGAGACAGCUAUGAAAUCGUACUGCGAUGCCGAGGAUAAAGAGACCAUGGAUAACACAAAGAUGCUCUAUCUUGGCUGCACGUACCAGCCCGGACAGUUCAUUCUAGUCCCUCCGCUUGGUGUUCCCGGCCUUGCUACUGGUGGACAUGGUGGGUUUGGUGGAGGUGCUGGUUUGGGGAAAGGCACGAUGGGUAGAUAG